AUGGCGCCUUUCCGGCCAGCACUUUUGGUCAUAGAUUUCCAGGAGGACUUCUGUCCUCCGAACGGAUCUCUCGCCGUAGCAGGUGGUAGAGACAUCGCUGCUACAAUCAACAAGCUCCUUGAUCUUCCCUUUGUGCUCAAGGUCGCGACCAAGGACUGGCACCCACCGUCACAUAUAUCGUUUGCAUCAAAUCACAAGGAUAAGCAGCCAUUUACAGACACCAUUACCAUAAUCAACCCCGCCAACUCCGAGGAGACAUAUGAGUCCCGCCUAUGGCCGGUUCACUGUGUUCAGGGCACGCCCGGCGCGGAACUGAUACCGGAGCUGGCCAUUGGCAAGAUAGACAAGAUCAUGGAGAAGGGGCAGGACGAUAGGGUCGAGAUGUACAGCCCGUUCUACGAUCCGUUUGAGAGCCCGAGGGGUUGUGACAGCGGGCUGGCUGAUUUAUUGAGAAGCUACAAUGUCACCGAUGUGUAUGUGGUUGGGCUGGCCGCUGACUACUGCGUGUUCAACUGUGCCAAGGACUCUGCCAAAGAAGGCUUCAGAACCUUUGUCGUGGAACAAGCCACGAAGGCGGUUGAUCCGGACAACUGGCCACAGAAACGAAAAGAGCUGGAGGACUUGGGCGCCAAGAUCGUGAGCAUGGAGAGUGACAAGGUACAGAGACUCAUGACGGCUUUCUAA